AAAACUAGCAUGCGAGUUGAUGCUACCAUUAUCAUCGAUCUGAGGAGAGAGUGAAAAAGAGGGAGAAGGAAGAAAGCAUUUUCAAAUUUCCAUCCUGUUGAAAAAAUAUAAGCGAUAGAAGAAAACGCCUAAACACGAAUCCGAAUCAAAAUGGGUAAGGAUCUAAGCGACGAUCAAAUUUCUUCAAUGAAAGAAGCAUUCACUUUGUUCGACACCGACGGCGACGGUAAGAUCGCUCCAUCGGAACUUGGAAUCCUUAUGCGGUCUCUCGGCGGUAACCCGACCCAAGCUCAACUCAAAUCCAUCGUAGCCGAAGAAAACCUAACCGCGCCGUUCGAUUUCUCUCGGUUUCUGGAUCUCAUGUCCAAACACAUGAAACCUGAGCCGUUCGAUCGCCAACUACGCGACGCUUUCAAGGUUCUCGAUAAGGAUUCUACCGGCUUUGUCUCCGUCACCGAGCUUCGUCAUAUUCUCACCAGCAUCGGCGAGAAACUCGAGCCUGCUGAGUUUGAUGAGUGGAUCAGGGAAGUCGAUGUUGGUUCCGAUGGCAAGAUCCGUUACGAAGAUUUCAUCGCUAGAAUGGUCGCUAAGUGAAGCUACAUCAUGCAAAUCGAAUCGGUUUAAAUGCUUUUUCUUCUUCUUUCUCUAGUGUUUCGUUAUUUCAUCUGUGAUGCUUGCUUUUUUUUUUUCAUUCUGUUUUCUGCAAGUGGAUUAAUCAAUUAACCUAGUUAUGUUUAUUACAUCUGUUUCUAUUUUUACUUGAAACAAUUUUAUGUUAUGUAUCUAACCUUGAGUGUGGCUUUAGGAAACGUUUGGAUAAUCAAAUUGGCUAUUUGUUUGGGUUGAUUUGUAUGAUGAGAUUUGAUUGUGAAUGAGGUACUCUAUAUAUGCUGUAAUUGAGACCGAUUCAGGGUUGGGAAAAUAUGUGUAUCUAAUCCUUUGUGGCUUUUUGCAUCAA